CAUAAAUCCAAUACAAAUUGUAAAUAUAACCUAAAACAAUUCGUAACGUAACUUAACUAAAUUUUAUAAAAUAAACAAUACCUGUUGUAUUCAGGGCUAAUACACAAAAAUGUUAUUAUUACGAAAUGUAUAUCCUACUAUAGCUAAAUUGAACUGCAAUGUAGCUUUAUUGCCAUUAAUUGCCAAUGGUAACGCCGCGAGUCUACACACAACUGCAAUAAGUUGUGCUGUUGUUAAGAAAACUACUGCAGCGGCUGGAGGUGUACUUGGUCUUGGCAAAGGAAAGAAGAAGGUUGGCAAACUCGGUGCGGUGGAGAAAAAAGAAUUGCCAGUGGAAACAGACCCUGAGAAACUGGUGAGCCAGGUAUGCGGCUCCAACAUCUACAUUACUGGGGAAGAUGUUAAACUGAAAGAUGACAGUGAGUAUCCAGAGUGGCUGUGGACAUUAGACUGGGCUCCUAAGAAACUUGAUGAGCUGGACCCCAACUCUAAGGCAUAUUGGCAGAGGGUGCGUGCUGCUGGCAUGAGGAGGAACAAUAGAUUGAAAGCUAUGAAGAAAUUCUAACUUGUCAUAGUUUUAAUAUGAACUAAUUGCCAUUUUACUCAGAAAUAUAUUACAGUAGCAAAUACUGAUCCAAUCCACCAAUUGAACUGAAAUUAAUUGCUGUGGAUUUCUACUGUCCAAUGAUUUGUAUUAAAACACAUUGACAUCUCAUUAGAUGGGAAAUACAUAGCUUUAUCUUAUGUAUAUCCAGAUCUAACUGUAGUUAUCCAUUGGUUAUCCUUUUUAUGAAAAACAAAAAAAAUACCUUUAUUCAUCAACUAUUUCACCUACUGGUCAGCAAUAUUUUAACUCACUAAUAUAAAUGUCAAUAUUUAGAUGGAUGGAUGAAUCAAAAGACUCCAGACUUGCUGUAUGGAUUUGGAGGAUAUUUGGUAUACAUACAAAACACUGCAAGAAUACUUAGGCUAAUCAUUUUUUUUUAAAUUAAACGCGUAUUUGUUGGCAAAAGGUAUACAACUUUAGUAUAAAAUGGCACUUGGUGUAAGAUAUUUAUGUGUACAUAGAUUUAGGGAAAUUUAUAAAUAAAAAUAAAAAUAAU